AUGUGCGACAGAAUGCCAGACCUGCUGGCUCGGGUGGGGCUUGGAACGGAGGCGGAGGAGGUCUGGAAGCAGCAGGCUCGGCAGCAGGGGAAAGACUUGGUCGGGAACAUGCGUAUGUGCUCUGGAGAAGGGGUUAUCUCGUGCUUAAAUCUGCUGCAUGAGACGGAGCAGGCGACCAAAGAGGAGGGAGUGGAUAGCAGUAGCAGCGGUGGCAGCAGCAGCAGCAGCGGUGGCAGCAGCAGCAGCAGCAGCAGCAGCGACAGCGGCAGCAGCAGAAGGGGGAAGCGGCCAGUGGUGGCACUCCUGUGGCUGGCAGGCAGCCACGUGGCGGAGCGUGAUUGGCAGGAGCUUCUGGCGGAGGUGAAUGAGAGCGGGUCGCUGCGGCUGCUGUGUGCUGAUGGCUCAUGCUCCGAUAUCCGCCUGGACUCGCUCUGCUGGUAUGCUACCCUCUGCCCUCCUUCAAUCGCCUCCUCCUUUCUUGCCCCUCCCUCCCUCCCUCCCUCCCUCCCUCCCUCCCUCCCUCCCUCCCUCCCUCCCUCCCUCCCUCCCUCCCUCCCUCCCUCCCUCCCUCCCUCCCUCACUCCCUCCCUCUCUUCCUCCCUCCCUCCCUCCCUCCCUCCCUCCCUCUCUCCCUCCCUCCCUCCCUCCCUCCCUCCCUCCCUCCCUCCCUCCCUCCCUCCCUCCCUCCCUCCCUCCCUCCCUCCCUCCCUCCCUCCCUCCCUCCCUCCUGCUGCCUCUGCCACUCCCCCCCCCCCCCCCACCCACCUCAUUCCCACCCCAUCCCUUGCCCAACCCCCAUCCCGCCUCCACCUUUCAUCUCUUCCCUUCUCCCCCCCAACCAACAGGCUGCUGCCACCUGGCUCUCUCUGGCUGCGUCAGCACCGCACUGAUGACGUGGCAUGGCUUGCAGGGCUCAUGGCGCGCCACGUCCUCAUGCACACGUGGAACAUCUCCCUCCCGUUGGCGCAACCUCUUUCCCCUCCUCCUCCUCCGCCUCCUCCUCCUCUGGAGCAGAGGGAGACGCAAGAGAAUACGCAGUGGUCGGGAUGGGUGCAGCUCUUCUCACAUCUGUCAAGAAAGGUCACCUUUCACAUGCACCGGGUCCUCCUCCACAUCAGCCACUCACUGCCUGCCACGUCACAUGCUGCUGCCACAUCACACACUGCUGCCACGUCACACACUGCUGCCACGUCACACACUGCUGCCACGUCACAUACUGAUGCGCCUGCCACGUCAGCUCCCGAAGCUGCAACCACCACUGCCGCUGUCACGAGAACUGGCAUCAACACCAUCGUCACACACCCUUCCUCCAUCCCUUCCCUCCCCUCCCCUUCCUCCCUCCCCUCCCUCUCCUCCUCUUCCUCCCUCUCCUCCCUCCCCCACCUCUCCUCCCUCUCCACCUCCUUCCCCUCCUGCGACUCCCUCGCCCCCCUUUCCUCCUCCUCAUCUUCCUCCCCCUCCUCUCCCUCCUUCCUCUACCCCUUCUCCCCUCCCUCCACCCCAGCCCCCGCCACCACCACCACCACCGGCUCCAGGUCAGCUCCUCUCCACCCCUUUCACACCCUCUCCACCACUCUCACAUCAUCUCCACCCUUUUCACAUCUUCUCCCCUCUCCUCCUAGCCCCCCGGGCCCCCCUCCCCCACCUCCUCUUCCGCCUCCCGCACCCCCCCCGACCCACUACCCCUUACUGCCCCCAUUUGGGGAUCUCAACUCCCCUGCAUCCCCCCCUCCCUCCCCCCCUUCACCACCAUCUCCCCCCGUUCCUCCUCCCUCCCCUCCCCUGCCUUCCCCCCCUCCUUCCCCCCUUGCCCCUCCUUCCCCUCCCUUUUCUCCUCCCUUUCCGCCCCCAUCACCUCCCUCCCCCUUUCUCUCCUCCCCUCUGUCCCCCCCUCUUGGUGAUAUGAACUCCCCCACCUCCCCUCCCCCUUCCCCUCCCCGACCCCCCUCCCCCCCUGCUCCUCCCCCUGUCCCCCCUUCUCCUCCAGCCCCCCCUUCUCCCUCUCCAGAUCUCGCCCCUCCCCCUCCAAACCUCGCUCCCCCUCUACCCCUCCCCCCCACAGCCGCGCUCCCCCCCUCCUCUCCGCCUUCCCCUUCGCCCUCAGCGCCCCCUCCCCAAGAACCCCCUGCGCUUCCUUCCCCUCCCCCUCCUCCCCCUUCCCCCUCCCCGUCCCCUCCCCUAUCCCCCCGCCCCCCUCGCAUUCCGCCUAGCCCACCCCCCGUCUCUCCCCCUUCCCCUGCCUCUCCCCCGCCUCCCUUCCCCUCCCCCCCUGCGCGCACACACCCCCCACCUGCCAACUCUAACGAUAUGGGUAAUGCCACAGAGCCUCCCCCUCCUUCACUCCCUAAUCCCCCCCCUCCCUCACUCCCUAAUCCCCCCCCUCCUCCUACUCUUCUCCCCCCUCCUCCUGCCCCUGCUCCCCCACCCUCCCCAUCCCCUCCACCCCACUCUCCCCCAUUUCCCCCCACCCCCCCGUCCGUCUCACCCCCCUCACCUCCCCCCUCUCCUCCUUACACCCUCGGUCCUAUCCUCCCUGCUCCCGUUCUCUCCCCUCCCCAACCCCCUCCCUACCCCCCUCCCCAACCCCCUCCGCACCCCCCUCCUCCUUUCCCUCCUCCAGGCUUCCCCCCUUCUCCCCCCAUUUCUCUCCUCCCUCCCUCGCCUCCAAAAAAGCCUUCCCCCCCUCUCUCUCCUCCCUCCCCCCCCUCCUCUCGUACCCUCACCACCCCUCGCAAAGCCACCUGCCAACUCUCCCGCAACAGAACCCCCGCCACGCCAAAAGCACCUGAAAAACCACCUGCGCCAGCACCAGCAGCACCGCCGCCACACCCGGCGUUCCUACCCCACCCCAACUCCUCCCACGCCCCUGUCACCAUCUGGAGCCCUCCCCCCUCGCCUGUGCUGCCGCCCCCUUCGCCUGUGCUUCCGCCCCCUUCGCCCGUGCUGCCGCCCCCGUCACUUCCGCUGCCGCCCCCACCGCCGGAUAGCAGAAAUUGUCCCCCCUGCCCAAACACCUACGUCCUCCUCCCCUCCCCCACCCCCUCCUCCGCCUCCCCCGCCGUCCCCCCCUCCGCCCCUCCGCCCUGCACCUGCGGUCUCCCCAUGACCGUGGUCAUGAAGCUCUAUUGCGGCUUCGAUUCCUUCCUCCUCAACCUCCCGGCCUUCACUGCGCAGACUGCCACUUCACUCGUACUACAGAAGGAACAAGUGGAGCUCUAUUGCGGCUUCGACUCCUUCCUCCUCAACCUCCCCGCCUUCACUGCCCAGACGGCCGCCUCGCUCACACUUGUGAAAGAGCAAGUGGAGGUGAGUCAGCGGGUGUGCGGUUGGGCUGAGUGGGUUAUUCACCCUGCGGCCUCCCUUCCCAUGGUGGUGGUCAUGAAGCUCUAUUGCGGCUUCGAUUCCUUCCUCCUCAACCUCCCCGCUUUCACCGCCCAGUCGGCAACCUCCCUCGCACUGCAGCAAGAGCAGGUGGAGGUGAGUCAGUCAGCGGCUCUAUUGCGGCUUCGAUUCCUUCCUCCUCAACCUCCCAGCCUUCACUGCCCAGACGGCUACCUCCCUUGUGCUGCAGAGGGAACAAGUGGAGGUGAGUCUCAGCUGAAUGCAAGCUCAUUCUCUGUUCACACCUUCGGCCUCCCCAUGCUGGUCGUCAUGAAGCUCUAUUGCGGCUUCGAUUCCUUCCUCCUAAACCUCCCCGCCUUCACUGCCCAGACGGCUACCUCCCUUGUGCUGCAGAGGGAACAGGUGGAGCUCUAUUGCGGCUUCGACUCCUUCCUCCUCAACCUCCCGGCCUUCACUGCUCAGACGGCUACCUUGCUCACGCUUGAGAAGGAGCAAGUGGAGCUCUAUUGCGGCUUCGACUCCUUCCUCCUCAACCUCCCGGCCUUCACUGCCCAGACGGCUACCUUGCUCACGCUUGAGAAGGAGCAAGUGGAGGUGUGGACAGUCAACUAUGACCCUGAUCCUGCCCCUCUUCCCCCACUUGUAACCCGGUUACCACAUGCCGUGCAGUCCUCCUCCUCCUCCUCCUCCCGCCCGCCACCUGCCACAGCCGCCCGGCAGCAGCCAAUCACGGACCGGCUGAGUGCAGCAGAGGUGGAUCGCAUCCGACGGCUGCUGUUGAGCGGAUCGCUGGUGCUCGACCGGCAGCUGUUUGGGGCGUAUGAGGUCAUUCUGGUGCUCAAACCAGGUGAACGCCCGCCUCUGCCCCCGCCUCUGCUUCCCCCCUCCACCUCUCCCGCCCCUCCUACCUCCUCCUCCGCCUCCUCCUCCUCCCCGUUCUCCCCCUCGCCUCCCUCCACUCCACCCCCUCCUGCCCCCGGGGGCAUGCCUUAUUGGAAGGUCAUGCUUAUGAUCGUUCUCCCUGCGUUGAUCCUCGCGAUUAUUACUCUCUGUGUGGCGGUGUGGUGCGUGAGGAGGAGGCCUUGGGAGAAGGCAGGGAAGGGUGUUGGGAAAUUAGUGGGGAGUUGGAAAGGGAACGGGAAAGGGGGACGAGGAGAGAGGAGAGGAGGGAGGGGAGGAGGGAGGGAGGAGGGAGGGAGGGGGGGAGAAGGGUGGAUGGAGGGCGGGGCGGAGAGGAUAGGACGCCAGGAGAGGGAAGAGGUGCAGGCGUGGGCUGAAGGGGAGAGUGAUGACGACCAUUACACGCCGCUUGCAUCAGGGGCAGAGAGGCAGUGGACCGGUGGAGGAGUGGCAGCAGCCGGAGCAGCCGGAGCAGCCGGAGCAGCUGGAGCAGGAGCAGGGAUUGCAACUGGUUUAGGGGUAGCAGCAGCAGGAGCAUUUGCAGAAAGAGAAGCAGGAGGAGGAGGAGUAGGCAGAUUAGGAGGAGCAGGAGGAGUAGGAGGAGGAGUAGCAGCAGGCAGGGGAAAAGGAGCCCUAAGAGAAGGGUCCUCUAGAGGAGCCUCUAUGCAAGCCCUAGCCCCUUUUGCUGAAGCAACCUUCUCAUUCUCCCUCUCAGAACUCCACACAGCCACCAGUGGUUUCCACCCGAGCAACCUGAUUGGCCAAGGCGGAUCCAGCCAGGUGUUCCGGGGGUGCUUGCCGGGCGGCAAACUGGUAGCCGUGAAAAGAUUCGAUUCGCCGCCCGGGGCGGAGAGGGAUUUUAUUACGGAGGCGCGGCUUCUGAGCCGGCUGAACCACAAGAACGUGGUGAAGCUUCUGGGAACGUGCGACGAGGGCGGCGUGCGUUGUCUUGUCUUCCAGCUAGCCGAAAAGGGAAGCUUGAGGGAGCACCUCCACUCCUCCACCCUCCCCACCUCCACCCUCCCCUCCUCCAGCCUCCACCCCCCCACCCUCCCCUCCUCCCACUCCGCCCUCUCCCCUACUCCCACCAUUCUAGACUGGACUACAAGGCUGAAAAUAGCACUGGGGGCGGCCCAGGGGUUAGCUUACCUGCAUGAGGACUCCAGUCCGCAGAUUAUCCACCGCGAUUUAAAGACGUCGAAUAUCCUGCUGGAUGCUGAUUGGACGGCUAGGAUUGCGGAUCUGGGUCUGGCGAGAGUGGUGAGGGAGGUGGGGGGUGGCGGGCGGGGUGGGGGUGGGAGGGGAGGUGGGGAGGGGGCGGCGGGAGAGGAGGGAGAGAAGGGGGAGGAGGGAGCAGAGGCAGAAGAGGGAAGUGGGGAGGUGGGAGGAGGAGGAGGAGGCGAAGGUGGGGGCAAGGGAGGUUUGGAGUCCCACAUGUGCGGCACAUUCGGGUACAUGGCGCCUGAGUAUGCACUCACAGGGCGAGUGGCGACCAAGAGUGACGUGUUCAGCUUCGGUGUCGUGCUGCUGGAAGUGCUCUCCGGCCGCCCUGCCCUCGUGCCUCUGGAUCAAUUUCAGACGGCUGGUGAUGCAGCAGCAGCAGCUGUGGAGGAGAGUGCAGGGGUUGUAAACGGUGCAGAUGGUGCUGUAGGAGCUGUUGCAGAGGGAGCUGGGGCGGCAGCAGCUGAGGAGGAGAGUGCAGCAGUUUUGGAAGGUGCAGGUGCAGCAGCAGCAGGAGCUGCAGGAACUGGAGGGCCAAGGCCGGCUCUCCUCUUCUCUCCUCUCCUCUUCUCUCCUCUCCUCUUCUCUCCUCUCCUCUUCUCUCCUCUCCUCUUCUCUCCUCUCCUCUUCUCUCCUCUCCUCUCCUCUCCUCUCCUCUUCUCUCCUCUCCUCUCCUCUUCUCUCCUCUCCUCUUCUCUCCUCUCCUCUUCUCUCCUCUCCUCUUCUCUCCUCUCCUCUUCUCUCCUCUCCUCUUCUCUCCUCUCCUCUUCUCUCCUCUCCUCUUCUCUCCUCUCCUCUCCUCUCCUCUCCUCUCCUCUCCUCUUCUCUCCUCUCCUCUCCUCUCCUCUCCUCUCCUCUCCUCUUCUCUCCUCUCCUCUCCUCUCCUCUCCUCUCCUCUCCUCUCCUCUCCUCUCCUCUCCUCUUCUCUCCUCGCACAUCUCUGCAUGCAUGCCUGUGCUAAAGCAAGGCCUGCGACACUUCGCCGACCCCCGUCUGGGCGGCAGCUAUCCGCUGGAGGCCAUGGCGCGGGCGGCAGCCAUAGCCAUGAGGUGCACAGAAAGCGAGCCUUCAGCACGACCAUCAAUGGGGGACGUGGUCCAAGCGCUCCGAGCCAUCGCGUUCGAGCACUCUCCCAUGACCAGGUGCGUGUGCUGGGGCCACCAUACCCCUUCCUCUUCCUCUUCCUCUUCCCACGGUGACCUUCCUCUGCACCUUCUCCACUGGAAGCCAUGGCGCAGGCGGCAGCCAAAGCCAUGCGAUGCACGCAGGGAUGCUUUUGAGACUCAUUCUCAUUCCGCCUCUCUCCACCCCUCCGGGCCCCCUUUAACCUCACCGCAACACCUCUCAACCGCUCACCAACCCCUCACCUCCCAACAGCCUAUCACCGCUCUCCACCUCUCCGCACCACUGCACCGACUCCCCCACCGCUCCACACCCCAACCCAUCCCAGGCGAAGCCUCAGCGUCAAGUUCGGAUAUGCCGAACCUGGCAACCCGGUCUGGUUCGGCCGGACCAGUAGUGUUGGACGGACGAGGAGAGGGUGGAGGAUGGGGAGAGGGAGCAGCAGCAGCAGGAGGAGGAGGAGGAGGAGGAGGAGGAGGAGAAGGAGAAGGGAGGGAAACAGCAGCAAGAGGAACAGUUGUGCACCCUCAUGCACAACAGCUAGGAGCAGCAAACAACCCUCCCAACAGAGCCACUCGCUUGCACUCCCACUCCUCCUCUCGCCCCACUCACUCCCACUCCAUCCAGUUCCCGCUCUCCACUCCACACUCUCUCCCCCGCUUCCCCCCCUCUCCCUCUCACUCGCCUCACUCCCAGCUCUCUCACUCGCUCCCCUCUCCCUCCGCCUCCCCUUACCUUACUCAACCUUACACUACAGCCGCCCCCCCUGCCGGCCCCCCUGCUGCCUCCCCCUAUGUCUCCCCUUCCGCCUCCCCAGAUGCCUCCCCCUAUGCUUCCCCCUACGCCACCCCCUCUGCUGCACCCUCCUCCCCCUCUGCUGCUCCGUCCUCCCCCCUGCAUCUGGGUGACCUCUCCCCCCAGUCAAGAGGCGGCAUUCCGAGGCUGCUCAGGAUGAGCAUUCGAGGACUCGACUACAGUGGUGACAUGGCUCUCGAUGCCUCCUCUGCAUCGCUCCCACACAGCCAGCCUCCCUCACAG